UUAUGCCACAAAUUAUUAAAAAAAAUAAAAACAGUUUCUUCAACCUCAAGCACAGGUUCUUUCUUGCUUGAACUCUCACUCUCUCUCUCUUCCCAAAGAAAAACUAACUAAAAGUCUCUCUCUCAAAGCAAUAUUUGGCUAGUUGUUCAGUAACAGUUGCUCUUCUCUACUUCUAAUUCGCACGCAUUCUUAUAUUCCAUUAUUGACCCACAUUUCUUCAGUCUCUUUUUCUAUCUGGGUCACUGAAAUUUUCCCUAUUUGUCUCGACCAUGGCGGUCUACGGUCUCGCCUCUCUGUUGGGUCUUGUCUCGUUUUUGGGUAUGCACCUAGUUCCUGUAACAAUGGCAGAGUGUCCUUUAGAUUUGAGUGGAUCAAACUUUACUCUGGUAGCCUCUUUAUGCUCAAACCCAGACGACAGAGGGAAAUGUUGCCGCUAUAUAAAUGCAUUCAUUGCAGUUUCUAUUGCUCGCUACGCGAAUGAAACUGGCAACCUAGGGGUUCCUUCAGACUUAUCUGAUACCUGUCUUCAGUCCAUAUCGCGAACAUUGGAACUACAUGGAGUUUCUCGUAAUGCAUCGGCUUUUUGUGGAUUUGGAACAAAGGUUCUAGUUAAUUAUGACUGUAUGGGCCGAACAACAAUGGCUCAGAUGCUGCAGUCACCAAAAUUUUCAGAUGUUGCACAAAAUUGCAAGGUACCACUUUCAGAGGAAAGUAGAUGCCACACUUGUUUAAACUCUGGCAUUUCAUACCUUCGUCAUCUGGUAGGAACGGUAAAUAAUUUGACAGUGAGCACUUGCCGUGAUGCUACUUUUACUAGCCUUGCCAGUCAAGUUGAUAAUACAUCAGCUGUUGACAUUGCACGCUGUUUUUUCGGAGUUCAGGAGCUCAAUAUUCCUCCAGCUAUUAUAGGGCCAUCUCCACCAUUAAUCACACCAGGAGCUUCUCCAACUCCAAUAGUUGCUGAUAAUCCAAGCCAGAACUUGACAGCAGCUCCCCUAAACCAACACCAUCAUUCUUACCACCUUACACUAAUUCCUGGUAUUUUCAUAGCAGUAGCAGUCAUUGCUGUUAUGAUGCUUGCGGUCUUGUUAUUUCUUAUCCGUAGAAAAAGAAAAGAACUGGAGGACUGUGAAAAUAUGGACAAGACAUCUUCAAAGUCAUUCCAUCCUCCUCGUCCUGCACGGAAAUUACAGGAAGGGCCUUCAUCAAUGUUUAGAAAAUUCAGUUAUAAGGAGAUAAAGAAGGCAACGGAAAACUUCAAUACAAUGAUUGGACAAGGAGGAUUUGGAACUGUGUACAAAGCCCAUUUUAAUGAUGGCUUAGUGGCAGCAGUAAAGCAAAUGAACGAAGUUUCAGAGCAAGGGGAAGAUGAGUUCUGCCAGGAAAUAGAGCUUCUUGCUAGACUACAUCAUCGUCAUCUUGUUGCCUUGCGUGGUUUUUGCAUUGAUAAAAACGAGAGGUUUCUUAUGUAUGAGUACAUGGCAAAUGGUAGCUUGAAGGAUCAUCUUCAUUCUCCAAAUAGAACUCCCCUAAGUUGGGAAAGACGUAUGCAAAUUGCAAUUGAUGUAGCUAAUGCUCUGGAGUACCUCCAUUUCUAUUGCAAUCCUCCUCUGUGCCACAGAGACAUUAAGUCCAGCAACAUUUUACUAGAUGGGAAUUUUGUUGCCAAGGUUGCAGAUUUUGGCCUUGCACAUGCAUCGAUAGAUGGUUCUAUUUCCUUUGAACCUGUAAACACCGAAGUUCGGGGAACUCCAGGAUAUAUGGACCCGGAGUAUGUAGUCACUCAAGAGCUGACUGAGAAAAGCGAUGUCUAUAGCUAUGGCGUGUUACUACUGGAAAUAGUGACUGGAAGACGAGCAGUACAUAAUUGCAAGAAUUUGGUUGAGUGGUCACAAAUACACCAGGUACCAGAAUCAAGGCUAUCUGAUCUGAUUGAUCCAAGGAUACAAGGUGCUUUUGAUUCAGACCAGCUUCAAACAAUUGCUUCAAUAGUGAGAUGGUGCACCCAAAAGGAAGGCUGGGCAAGGCCUUCAAUUAAACAGGUCUUAAGGAUGUUAUAUGAAAGUUCAGACCCCAUGGAUAGUGGAUUUGCAGAAGCUCUUGAAGACGAAGAGUAUGAUGGAACUGAAGGAAGACCGAGAACAAGUAAAGGCAAAACACAAAGGAAUGAUAACAUGUUCUACAGCGGCGAUGGGAGAUGUCUUGCUUCUUCUUCAAGUACAUCGAGAUCCUAUUGUAGCCGAAGCUUCUUACUUGAAAACGGUUCUCCACAAUCUCCACCUAACAUUUUAUCUGUUUAAAUUCAACAAUUCAGAGACUCUCAACACUUGUUUAUGGAAAUGGGAACACUUAAAACUAACUCUUAGUUGACACCAUUAGAUCAGAUCAACCUUCUUUCGAUUUUUCAAAGUUAAGAUAAGAAGAACAUGGAGUUUGCAAUUUUUUGUCUUUCAAUAACCUGUUCAAGGGAAUUGAUGAGAGUUAUAUUAUACCUGCCUUGUGAAAAGUGAGAAAGCUGUACAAGUUAUCUUUUUUGUGCUAACAUUUUGGAGAUAUCAAAUAUAAUUGGUUUGCUUUA